UUGAUGUAAAUUCAAAAUUGUAAUCCUUUUUCGCAAUGUGUUCAAUGUGUUUGCCACCGCCAAUGCAAGUAUAUUUCCAGCGAAUGGUUCGAUGGCGAAGUUCUCUGGAGCUCUGCAACUGACCGACCUGGAUGAUUUUAUCGGGCCUUCUCAAGAAUGCAUCAAACCUGCCAAGGUUGAGAGGCAGCCUGGAGUUGUACUACACAGCAUACGUGUUUCUGACGAUGGGAAAUAUUUAGCAAAAGCUCAGGAUGGAGGAGAGCAGGAACUUGCCAAAGCCCAGAUCACUUUGGCCGACUGUCUGGCUUGUAGUGGGUGUGUGACAUCAGCAGAGACUGUGCUCAUCAACCAGCAAAGCCAUCAUGAAGUUUUAAAAACUCUCUCCACACUUGGGCAGAGCAGCAGUGACUAUGAUUGUGCAGUCGUGUCGUUGUCGCCCCAGUCCCGUGCUUCUCUGGCAGCCAAGCAUGAUUUAUCCCUGCUGGAGGUAAGCAGACGUCUGAAUACAUUCUUUCUGAAGCUGGGAUUUAGAUCUCUGCUGGACGUCACUGCUAUGCGGGACUUAGCUCUGCUAGAAACGAGUCGCGAAUUCUUGUCCGUCUUCUCAGCAACAGAUAAGUCGCGCAUGCCGUUCAUGACUUCUGCAUGCCCCGGGUGGAUUUGCUAUGCAGAGAAGACUCAUGGAGAGUUGAUCGUACCUCAUCUCAGUACCACCAAGUCUCCACAGCAGUUAGCCGGUGCGUAUGUCAAGGAUCACUUAGCUAGCAGGUACGGUGUGGCCAGUCAGCGUGUUUACCAUGUCACUGUUAUGCCCUGUUAUGACAAGAAACUAGAGGCGUCGCGGGAAGACUUCUAUGACGAUGUGUUGAAGACGAAUGAAGUUGACUGUGUGCUUACGACGAGCGAAGUGCAGUUGUUACUGGAUGAACACAGCGUGAUAGCAGGUUUGACGGAUCUCGAAGGAACUGAUUUAGAUCCGGAGCUAUUCUCUUUGACAGAUGAUGGCACUAAUGUUCAUGGGCACUCUGGUAGUGGAGCUGGUGGCUACCUAGAGUUCGCUAUUCGAGAGACGGCACAGAAGAUGUUCAACACGACUGUAGAGAAGAUUGAGUUGACAACACGUCGGAAUGUAGACAUGCAAGAGUUCACUCUACGUGGCCCAGUUGCUGAUGGCUCUGAUUCGGAACGAGCAAUUCACUUCGCUGCUGUUUAUGGCUUCCGCAACAUUCAGAAUCUGGUACAGAAGAUGAAACGGCGCAAGUGUGUGUAUGACUUUGUGGAGGUGAUGGCAUGCCCCUCUGCGUGUCUCAACGGAGCAGGGCAGAUCAAAGCGGAGCAGCAAGGGGACAAGGAACUAUUAGCACGUGUCACACAGCUGUACAGCUCUGCCGACUCGCGGAGUCCGCACAGCAGCCCCCUUCUCCGCUCGCUCUAUUCUGGCUGGCUCCAGGGCGAGGCGAGUGAGAAAGCAAAGCGUACACUUCACACACAAUUUCACAUCAUUGAAAAGAACCUUUCAGGAUUGAGUAUAAAAUGGUGACCUAGUAUGCUUUUGAUGGAGAAAGUACUGUCAUUUGCACUUUUUAAGCUUUAAAAAAGUAUUUUUCAUGUGGGUGAAGUUUGCAUGCCAUCAUAUGUUAGAAGUUUCAUGGAAACGAAUUAAAAUCAUGGCACAUGUAUUUUGGAAAGGAAUAUAAAAACAAACUUAGUUGUGUUUGCUAUGUUGGCCCGAGUAAAAGUAGAUAUAAACAGAAUAGGUAGUUUGUAGUACGAAAUCAUGAGGACAACGUGUUUGCCAGGAUUGACACUAUACUAGUAUCUUGCUGCCGCCACACUGGGCUUCUGCUGGCUAUUGUACAAGUAGUAGGUUACAUUUCUUUACACAAUUCACCAUCUCCAUCAGCAUGAAAUCCUGAAGAAAGGCCAUGACCUCUAUUUCCGCUUGUCUGUGCGCAUGCACACGUGUGCGUCUGUGUCUUUCUCCAUUUCUUGCUAGAGGACGCUUGCGGACUUUGAUGUUUCCACGGUGCUAUCUUUGAAAGUUUACACUAUAGCCGCCUGUC